AUGCCGUUCCCGUUCGGGAAGUCUCACAAGUCCCCUGCAGACAUCGUGAAGAACCUGAAGGAGAGCAUGGCUGUGCUGGAGAAGCAAGACAUUUCCGACAAAAAGGCGGAAAAGGCUACAGAAGAAGUUUCCAAGAACCUGGUUGCCAUGAAGGAAAUUCUGUAUGGCACAAACGAGAAGGAGCCGCAGACAGAGGCAGUGGCGCAGCUCGCUCAAGAGCUGUAUAACAGUGGGCUCCUCAGCACCCUGGUAGCUGAUUUGCAGCUCAUUGACUUUGAGGGCAAGAAAGACGUGGCUCAAAUUUUCAACAAUAUUCUCAGAAGACAAAUUGGUACAAGAACUCCUACUGUUGAAUACAUCUGCACCCAGCAGAAUAUUUUGUUCAUGUUGUUGAAAGGGUAUGAAUCUCCAGAAAUAGCCCUAAAUUGUGGAAUAAUGUUAAGAGAAUGCAUCAGACAUGAACCACUUGCAAAAAUCAUUUUGUGGUCGGAACAGUUUUAUGAUUUCUUCAGAUAUGUCGAAAUGUCAACAUUUGACAUAGCUUCAGAUGCAUUUGCCACAUUCAAGGAUUUACUUACAAGACAUAAAUUGCUCAGUGCGGAAUUUUUGGAACAACAUUAUGAUAGAUUCUUCAGUGAAUAUGAGAAGUUACUUCAUUCAGAAAACUAUGUGACAAAAAGACAGUCACUCAAGCUUCUCGGUGAACUGCUACUAGACAGACACAACUUCACGAUUAUGACAAAAUACAUCAGUAAACCUGAGAACCUCAAAUUAAUGAUGAACCUUCUACGAGACAAAAGCCGUAACAUCCAGUUUGAGGCCUUCCACGUUUUUAAGGUGUUCGUAGCCAACCCCAACAAGACGCAGCCCAUCCUCGACAUCCUCCUCAAGAACCAGGCCAAGCUCAUAGAGUUCCUCAGCAAGUUCCAGAAUGACAGGACCGAGGAUGAGCAGUUCAAUGAUGAGAAGACGUAUUUAGUCAAACAGAUCAGGGAUUUGAAGAGACCAGCUCAGCAAGAAGCCUGA